UUCGCGCACGCGCACUGCCGCCGCGCUGCUGUCGCUUCCUGUCCGUGCCCAGGUCACCGCUGGCCGUGGUUCCCAGGCUUUGGCCUCCGCUGGGCGAGGAUCCCGGGGCCUGCGGGGCUGGACGCUGUCCGGCCCAGAGCCGGCUCCUCGGGGACGCGGCCUCGGGAGCCUUGGGGCGGAUCAGCGAGUCCCGCGAGGUCUGGCUCCACUUUCGCCGUCCACCACGGUUUUCCAGGAGCAGCAGAAGAUGAGUAAAUCUCUGGGGCCAGUGUUGUUCAGGGACGUGGCCGUGGACUUCACCCAGGAGGAGUGGCAGCAGCUGGACCCCGAGCAGAAGACCACCUACCGGGACGUGAUGCUGGAGAACUACAGCCACCUGGUCUCCGUGGGGUGUCACGCUGUCAAACCGGAAGUCAUCGUCAAGCUGGAGCAAGGGGAGGAGCCGUGGGUGGAAGGGGAGCUCCCGUCCCCGAGGUGGCCAGACGCCUGGAAAGUCGACGGGACAGAGAUGGCCCAGGAGAGCGAAGACAGACGUGGGAGGCAGACCGAGCCCGCCACCACCGCCGCCGAGACCCUGGCCGAAGAGGGAGGCACCCUUCUCGCUAAGGCCUCACGUGUGGAGACGAGCCCUGCUCCUUCAAGGAAAGUGCCCUGCACGUGCGACUCGUGCGGGAAGACCCUGACGCCCGCCCCCGCGUACAUCAGCAGCGACGGGAGCUACGCCAGGACGAAGCCCGGCGCGUGCGGCGCGUGCGGGGAGUCGCCUGUGCACGUGAAGCCGGAGCAGGCGCGCCCCGGGGAGAAGGCGUGUGGGUUUAAUCAGGAUGGGGAAGCCUAUACUCUAGAUGGGGAGAGUAUUUACCGGAACAUGCGCAUGUUGGAGAAGCCCUUCGAGUACGGCGGACGCCAGAAAGCCUUCCCGGAGGAGCCGGUGUUCGUCGCCCCGAUGGCGGAGAAGCCCUACAAGUGGGACGGGCCGGCGAUGGCCUUCCUGCAGAUGUCGGACCUGCGCGCGCACCCCGCGUCCCACGUGGAGAUGAAGCCCUACGAGUGCGGCGCGUGCGGGAAGUCCUUCUGUAAGAAGUCCAAGUUCAUCAUCCACCAGCGCACGCACACGGGGGAGAAGCCCUACGAGUGCAGCCAGUGCGGGAAGUCCUUCUGCCAGAAGGGCACGCUCACCGUGCACCAGCGCACGCACACCGGGGAGAAGCCCUAUGAGUGCAGCGAGUGCGGCAAGACCUUCUACCAGAAGCUGCACCUCAUCCAGCACCAGCGCACGCACUCGGGCGAGAAGCCCUACGCGUGCGGCUACUGCGGCAAGGCCUUCUGCCAGAAGACGCACCUCACCCAGCACCAGCGCACGCACUCCGGGGAGCGGCCCUACGUCUGCCACGACUGCGGCAAGACCUUCUCCCAGAAGUCGGCGCUCAACGACCACCACAAGAUCCACACGGGCGUGAAGCUCUACAAGUGCGCCGAGUGCGGCAAGUGCUUCUGCCGCAAGUCCACCCUCACCACGCACCAGCGCACGCACACGGGCGAGAAGCCCUACGAGUGCAACGAGUGCGGCAAGUUCUUCUCGCGCCUGUCGUACCUCACCGUGCACUACCGCACGCACUCGGGCGAGAAGCCCUACGCGUGCGGCGAGUGCGGCAAGACCUUCUACCUGAACUCGGCGCUCAUGCGGCACCGCAGGGUGCACACGGGCGAGAAGCCCUACGAGUGCAGCGAGUGCGGGAAGCUGUUCUCGCAGCUCUCCUACCUCACCAUCCACCACCGCACGCACUCGGGCGUCAAGCCCUACGAGUGCGGCGAGUGCGGCAAGACCUUCUACCAGAACUCGGCGCUCUGCAGGCACCGCAGGAUCCACAAGGGCGAGAAGCCCUACGAGUGCUGCGUGUGCGGGAAGUUCUUCUCGCAGAUGUCCUACCUCACCAUCCACCACCGCAUCCACUCGGGCGAGAAGCCCUACGAGUGCGGCGAGUGCGGCAAGACCUUCUGCCAGAACUCCGCGCUGAACAGGCACCAGCGCACGCACACGGGCGAGAAGGCCUACGAGUGCUGCGUGUGCGGCAAGUUCUUCUCGCAGAUGUCCUACCUCACCAUCCACCACCGCAUCCACUCGGGCGAGAAGCCCUUCGAGUGCAACGAGUGCGGGAAGGCCUUCUCCCGCAUGUCGUACCUCACCGUGCACCACAGGACUCACUCGGGCGAGAAGCCCUACGAGUGCGGCGAGUGCGGGAAGAAGUUCUACCACAAGUCCGCCUUCAACAGCCACCAACGCGUCCACCGGAGGGCCAGCGUGAACGUGCUCGAGGUGGGCCGGCUUCUCUGAGGUUGGGCCCCGCCUCACGGCGGAGAGCCCGCCUGGUGCUCGCUGCACACGGCUCUCCUGGCGCCGGGGGUCCGAGCUCCCGGGGGGGCGUAGGCCAGCCGGGCGAUCUGACAGUCCACAGGGCGGAGGCCACGGCUGCCCCCACGAGGCGGCGUGACGGCUGGGCCACCACACUGCUCAGGAGUGAAGCCCACGGACACGCCGACUGUGCGUGGGCUUGGGUGGCUUGGACCGUUCCACAUCAGGGAGCUCGUGCCGAGGGGGGUGCCUUUCUACGGGAUGUGGAGAACACUCUCCUUUGGGAAUUGUGAAUACUGAAAGUUAUGUUUUUGAUACGAUGUUUUUUUGUCAGAAAAUCACAUGUGGUGAAUAACCGCGCCCCUUGUGUAA